UUCGUCUUGCCGGGCCGAGGCCGGCAACCGCCGCUGCCAUUUUGAUUUUGGACUCACUUCCGGGACCCUCCGCGCCGGGCCGUGGCUGGAAGUGGGUCCAGCCGGCCCCCCACAGCGAGGCUCUCCUGACAUCUCCUGUGCAGAAAGAAUAUUCCUUGAGUUGCCUCUGGGGUCGCUCUCCCGCCCUUUUCUGGAACCCCAGGUCUGCUCAGACAGACAGCCCUAGCUAGCAUCGUGGCCUCUGUGUGUUCAGACAAACAAAAAGCAACGAUCUGGCUCUUCGGAUGGUUCUUACACAGAGCCAUUGCCUUCGUGGAAUAGCCUCGUGACAAACGUCCUGAGAAGCUUCGUCCAUGUAACCAGAGCCAUCUUACAGAAUUGUGAUCACCCAGAAAUGAUGGGUUCCCCUCCUAAGGGUCGCGGAGAUGAGCAGCCCAGCCCUCCCAAAGCUCUUGGAACUUGCAGCCCACAGCCUGCUGAGCAGCGAGGCCUGGGGGAUCCCUGCCUUGGAAGAGUUCACGGUGGACCUCUUCCCACCGCUGCUCACCGCAGCCUUCGCCAGGGGGCGCAAGAAGGCCGUGAAAGCCCUGGUGCAGGCCUGGCCCUUCCCUUUCCUGCGCCUGGGCUCCCUGAUAGUGCAGUGGCCCAGACAAGACAGCUUGCAGGCCGUGCUGGACGGCCUGGAGGACUGCCCGGGCCCCGGGGCCUGGCCCAGCAGGAGGUCGGAACUGAGAGUGCUGGAUCUGACCCUGGACUUCCAGCAGGUCCAGAGUAAAGGGGUCUCGGAGGCCCUGGCCAGGUUCCCGUUUUGGUUACCAUCGACCGUGAAGGCGGAGGCGUCCCAGGCCACGGCGGGGCCCAGGCUGGCAGAGAACACGAGGAGAGGGCCAAAGCAGCCCCGAGAGCCGGUGGAGCUGCACAUCGAUCUUUUCCUGCGUGGCCCCUUCAAGCUGGACACGUUCCUCUCGGGCCUCCUGACCAAAGUGGAGCAGAGCGGCGGGGCCCUGCGCCUGUGCUGUCGGGAGCUGCACAUCGAGGAGGUGCCCUUCAGCAGCCUCACAGGCAUCCUGCGGACGCUGCAGCUGCCCUGCGUCCAGGAGCUGGAAGUCUUCGACUGGUUCCGCGCGCUCUCGGAGCAGAGUCUGUUCGCCACGCAGCUGGGCAGGAUCUGCAACCUGCAGAGCCUCAAGCUGGCCUACUAUCACUGGGCCUUCUCUCCCGAGGGCGAGCAGUCCUCCACCUACUUCCUGUCGCAGCUCAGCAAGCUGGCCCACCUGCAGAAGCUCCACCUCUCCUACUCCUACCUCUCGGGCAACCUCCACCAAGUGCUCAGCUGUCUGCAGGCCCCACUGCUUGCCCUGGAGAUCCGCUCCUGCACCCUCCUGGACACCGACGUCACCUACCUGUCCCAGAGCCCCCAUGCCACGUGCUUGAAGAGACUGGACCUGAGCGGCAACAACCUGUCCUACAUGGUGCCAGGGCCCCUGGAGACCCUGCUGGGGCAGGUGUCGGGGACGCUACAGCACCUGGACCUGAACCACUGCCGGCUGAAAGACGCCCACCUCAGCGCCAUCCUGCCCGCCCUGUGCCGCUGCUCCCGCCUCAGCUCCCUGGGCCUGUCCGACAACCCGGUGUCGCGGGCCGGCCUCCUGAGCCUGCUGGAGCGCACCGCCACGGGCCUGACGGAGCUCAAGCGCGUUCUCUACCCGAUCCCGGUCGAGUGCUGCGUCUACCUGCACGGCCUCUCCUGGGGGCCGGUCAAUAAGGACAAACUGUGCCAGGUGCAGGCCGAGAUGCAGACGCUGCUGCAGGCCGUGCAGCGCGCCGACAUGCUCUGGAGCCCGCCGCUGCCCUCGCCCCUGCCCGUGAGGCUGGUGCAAUUCGACUGAGGGCCCGGGAGCCACAGACCUCCUGCCGGGGGCGUGGACAUAAACCAAACUUCCACAGCGACCGUCCGGUGCGUUCUGCUCCGCCCAGACCCUGCCCUGUUUGGACCGUUCCUCCCAGCCGCAUCCCUCACGGAGGCGCUGUGCCGUCAGGCGGUGGGGGUGCAGAGACCACAGCAGCCCCAGCCUGCCCCCCGCCCCCCCGGAGAUCACUCCCUCUCCUCGGCUUCAUGCUUCUGGCUGCUCACUCGGUUUCUCUGCCCUGUUCUUUGCUUCCGGAGAGGGUGAAAUGGGGCCUCGGCCGACUUGCCCAGUUCCCAGGGGUGGGGGUGGGGGCUGCUGGGAGGCAGAGGUGGGCGUGGCCCUUGACCGUGCACCCACAUGUGCACGUGGUCUCCCAGGCACUGCCGUCCUGGGACUGGGUGCCUGGGCGACCCAGGACACAUCUGGCACUGGAGGAGACCUCAGCCUCUUAGGACGCCGGCGCUGCAGGGGCCGAGUCACAGAAGCAGCAGGAGUGGCC